UUAUCUUUUGAGUUUUGACUCUUCUGUACGUUCAUUGGUUCGCUCUCUUGUUGUGCUCUCUUUCUGCACACUCUCCGAGCCUACCUUCAGCAACAUCUGCAGAUAAGUUGUACGACUUCUUUAUUUAUUGAAUUUCAUAUUUCGUUGAAUAAAAUAUAAUUCUCCCAGGUACUCUUGUCACAUCAAGUCUUUUUACUGCGAUGCAGUUCGUCAGUAUUUGUGCGUCGAGUAGUGUACUACUAAGGUUGCAAAACGGUGAAGAAGUUUGUAAGGGUGUUUAGAGUAUAGGUACACUCUAAGCCGUAGUAGAACUCUUACAAGUGGUGAGCCCGUUUUCACCGUUUACCGCCAUAGUAGCUUAACGUGUUAAUAAUUCUUUUUACAUACCGUCUAUUUUGUUAAUUUUUUUUCUUUCACGCACGGUUAUAAAGAUUUGAUUUGUUUUGUUUGUACUUAUAUUGGUUUUUAUCACCUUGUUAAUAUUUUGUCUUGUGUGCAAGAUGGCUGACAACGGUUCUGCGUCAGAGAUGGCUAUAACGCUGCAACUCCCCGCCUUCUGGACACAUCGUCCAGCUGCAUGGUUCAAUCAUAUAGAGGCUCAGUUUGCCAUUAGACACAUACACUCACAAGAGACCAAAGUAAACCACGUGAUUGUGAGCCUGCCUGAAAAUGUCAUAGACGAGGUGUCUGACGUUCUUGCAGAUCCGUCUCCGGAUCGGUACGAGCGGCUCAAACAGGCGUUAAUUCAACGAGUCGCACUUACUGACCAACAGAAAGUGCAGGAACUUUUCCGAGAUGUUCAGUUAGGUGACCGCAAGCCCUCACAAAUGUUGAGGCAGAUGAAGCAGUUAGUGACGGACUUUAAAAUUGACGAGGUCUUUCUGAAACAGCUUUGGCUUCAAAGAUUACCUCAGACAGUCCAGGGUAUCUUGGCACCGAUCUACAAGUACCCCUUACAGGAGAUAGCCGAGGCAGCUGAUAGAGCGGUAGAGGCCAUCAAUCCUAAAAUUGGCAUUUCCGCAACAGUAACCGCUGCUCCUGCUCAGACUAAAGAUUCUUCUGACGGGGGUCAUCAAGCUUUGACGCGGUGGCCCAUAUAGCCAAGCUAUACGAGGAGAUCUGUAGUAUACGACAGGAGAUGAACUCCAGGAGUCGUGCACGCAGUCGCUCGAGUUCGCGUAGUAGUAGACCCUUGUCACGUGCUAGCAGCAAGCGCCGACAGUCCCGAAGUAACCAGCCUGGAGUGUGCUGGUAUCAUCGACGUUACGAAGCAAAGCCCAAAAGUGCACUCGCCCGUGCACCUUCGAUGUUCAACAAUCGGGAAACUAGCAGGCCAGCACGUACUGGCGACUAACGUCGCUGGCGAACCACUCUCAUGUCGCCUCUUCUAUGUUACCGACCGUAACACGGGGAUACGCUUCCUAAUUGAUACCGGAGCGGAGGUCAGUGUAAUCCCACCCAUAGUAGGGGAGCGCAGGCGGCCAAUGUCUCUUCAACUACGAGCCGCAAAUGGUUCGCCAAUUGCUACGUUCGGCAGGCGCUUUAUAGACCUUAACAUCGGUUUGCGUCGUUCAUUUCGUUGGGUCUUCCUGGUGGCAGACGUUACCACAGGUAUAAUUGGCAUGGAUCUAUUGCAGCACUACCAAUUACUGUUAGAUACAGGUAAUCAUAAGUUAAGAGAUCCUGUCACAAACCUCUCCGUCAGCGGUAUCGUCACACAAGGCCCAGCUCUCAGCCCAGUAUACGCUACACCAACUUUAGCUGGACCAUAUUCUGAUAUACUUCAAUCCUUUCCGGACUUGUUUAAACCUACCCGUUGUCUACCAAGCGUGACUUCUAAUGUCACACAUCAUAUUGUUACGACUGGUCCGCCAGUUUUCGCAAAGCCCCGACGGUUGUCUCCGGAAAAACUACAAGCCGUUAAGGCUGAGUUUGAACACAUGUUAGAAAUUGGAAUCAUCCGGCCUUCAAGCAGCCCGUGGUCACCUCUGCACGUGGUACCCAAGAAUAACGGGUUAGAUUGGCGACCUUGUGGCGAUUAUCGCAGACUUAAUGCGCAGACCGUGCCAGAUCGUUACCCGGUACCCCACAUACAUGAUCUCACAUCUUCCCUCAAUGGUGCAACGGUUUUCAGUAAACUUGAUUUAACUAGAGCAUAUCAUCAGAUCCCAGUUCAUCCUGAGGAUAUUCCUAAAACGGCAGUCAUCACUCCUUUUGGUCUUUUCGAAUUCCUCCGCAUGCCGUUUGGUCUCCGCAACGCCGCACAAACAUUCCAGCGUUUCAUACAUGAUGUUUUGCGCGGAUUAGAUUGCGCGUAUGCCUACCUGGACGGUAUUCUCGUGGCUAGCCCUGAUGAAGCUACUCACCGUAGGCAUUUGCAGAUAGUUUUUGAGCGAUUAGCAACACACGGUUUGACACUUAACAUGUCAAAAUGCCAGAUUGGCGUACAUUCGUUGAAUUUUCUGGGACAUGUCGUUAACGAACAUGGCAUUCGACCGUUACCUGAGAAGGUACUAGCCAUACAAAACUUCCCAGAGCCUACGUCCAUGAAAUCUUUGCGCACAUUCCUAGGCAUGGUAAGUUAUUACCGACGUUUCGUUCCUCAAUGUGCACAUAUUUUACAUGCACUCACAGACCUUCUGAAGGGUAAAUGCAAAACCUUCAGCAUGACACAAGAGGCUAGGGAAGCGUUCCAAAAAAUUAAAUCAGCGAUUGCAGACGCAACCAUGUUAGUUCACCUAGACACCCAACUUCCGCUUAGCAUCUCGGUUGAUGCAUCUAACACAGCCAUUGGAGCUGUACUACAACAACAAGCGCACAACUCAUGGAUACCGGUAGCCUUUUUCUCUCGGAAGUUGUCGGCGACUGAAGCGAGGUAUAGCACUUUUAGCAGAGAACUCCUCGCCAUCUAUGCCGCUAUCAAGCAUUUUCGCCAUUUCGUCGAAGGUCGGAAAUUCACAGUAUUUACCGACCACAAGCCAUUAACGUAUGCCUUACGCACCACUUCUGACAGGUAUUCACCACGUGAAUUACGCCACCUGGACUACAUUUCACAGUUCACUUCCGAUAUCCAGCACGUUUCUGGAGCGGAUAACGCGGUAGCAGACGCUUUGUCUCGCGUAUGUGCCACGUCGGUACCACCAACCAUCGAUCUUCAUAAAAUGGCCGAACUCCAACUGAAGGAUUUGAACUUAGAACACCUGUCAACUAAAACCUCACUGAAGAUAGAACGCGUCCCCUUGCUAAACAGUGAAACAACUAUACUUUGCGAUAUGUCAACGGGUACUCCUCGACCGAUUGUUCCCACGUCUUUACGCCGCACCGUGUUUGAGUCCCUCCACAACCUCUCCCAUCCUGGCAUACGAGCAACGGACAAGUUGAUAUCAGCGAGAUUUGCGUGGCCCGGUAUGAACCGUGAUGUGCGUCAAUGGACACGUGCUUGUCUGCAAUGCCAACGUGCUAAAGUCACCAAGCAUAACAUCACGCCGUUGGGGACGUUUGCGACCCCAGACGCUCGGUUCCAUCAUAUACACCUGGAUAUAGUAGGGCCCUGCCCCCGUCUAACGGCUGCUCGUAUUUACUCACAUGUGUGGAUCGUUUCACACGUUGGCCGGAAGCCAUUCCGAUACAAGAUGUAACGGCUCAAACCAUCUGUCGUGCCUUCAUGG